AUGAUGGUUGUCUUUGGAACACCUACAGUAAACCAAAAUGCUAACACUUUUUUAAAUACCGAUUGGAACACUUGUCUGCAAUUAUGCUAUCAAUCUGUACCGUGUCUGUUGGCAUGGCAGUCUGGCUCCGAUUGCCUCACUUUUAAUUACACUGCCACUGGACCAGUGACCCAACUUCAAAGUGGAUCUGUGGUAGCAUUCAAAGUGGACAAUCCAAGUAGCCAGUGCCCAAAUGGAACUAAUCCACCUACUUUCAACAAUAAAAAUGCUACGGGCUCCUUGAGCAUAACCGAUUCAACAGAGGAUAAAACAGUCACUCGGAUUUCUUAUGAGACUUAUUUAGAAGGGGGAAUAUGGCACUUCGGCUACACAUACGCUAAAAGCUGCCCGGAUGGUUUCAAUUCAAACUUACGAGCUGAUGGAAGCAUCAAGUGUUUCAGACAAUGGUUACCAUCAGAUGGAGGUGUGUUUGACCAUGAUCGAGCUGUAGCAAUCUGUACAGAAGAUUUUUCCUCCCUCGCCGGAAUCACAACUCAAGAAGAUUUGACUUUUGUGACAAAUAUCGUACAAGCACUUCGCUAUAACGUUUCCAGUCCUAAUGUUUAUGCAAGGAUAGUUGGAAUACGUACGAAUUCGUGUCAAGGAAGUCCGAAAAGUGCCACGUGUCAAAGUGUAAAAGGCUUUGAAUUCACCGACACCACAGUCCAAAACUUUACCUAUUACAAUUGGUUGACAAAUUCCUCUGCUCAAGCGAGUACAAGUGACAAUUGUAUUGUGAUGGUUGCAAAUGGUACCAAUCCAAUUACGACUGAUGUUAGAAGCUGUGAUGCCGACACUCCUCUACCAGCGUCUAUAGUGAUUUGUUCGCGACCGGCGUGGGUGUAA